GUAGGGCUCUUUACAUGCUAUUAUAGUCUACGACCCACCGUGAGUCAACGUUUCCUGGUGACGUGGCACCAAACGUGUUCAAACCUUUGAACGAACAACCCAAACCGAGAAACGGGAAUUUAUCCUUCAAACUUUAUUCGCAAUUGAAGCUGCAAACAUUUGAACACACUCACUAUGAAGUUAAUGAUAACUAUUGUGAUAUCAAUGACAAUGAUUUUGUCAUCGAGUUGCGAGCUCAUACCGAUUACGUUUGAUGAGGUAUGCGAGGAAGGGAUGCGUUAUAAGUUCUACCCAAACUCCACAUUAGAAUGGGAACAAGCCAGAGAUUUUUGUGAAAGUGAAGACGGGUUUCUUGCGACCGUAAAUUAUAGGGGUUUGCAUAAGAGACUGAGAAAGUACAUCAACGCGAAUCCGGGUCUAGGGGAACCGUAUGGAAAUGGUUACUGGAUUGGUCUAAGUGAUAGAAUGAUCGAAGACGUGUUUAUGUGGACUGAUCUCACUGAGCUGACCUAUCACGAGGGGUGGAGCGAAGAAAGGAUUGGUAGAAAAACAGUCGUGCAACCCAACAACAAUGUGAAGCAAAAUUGCAAUGGACAAGACUGUAUUCAGAUGUGGCACAAUCCAGCAAUCGAUGGGAAACUAACAUUGUGGGCAUUCGAUGAUGACACAUGUGACGUAAAUAAAGGCUUCAUCUGUCAAUAUACAUCAGGUUGUGAGGGCGUCACGGCGGCUCCUCUAUAGUUUGUCAUCCAGUACCUAAGUACCCAACUUGGUUCCCGGCAUGCAACAGUCGUGGUGACAAUUCCUUGCGCCCUAUUUGCAGUUAAGCCUAGUAAACACCAGAAUUAUCUAGAAAUUGUCUCGUCAAAAAAAUUUCCUGUAAAAUCACACCUUUUUGUUUUUAGAUAGUCGUCAUUUAUGAGUUUACGAUCAACGUGUCAAACACAAACAGUUAGUAAAUUAAUAUUAAUUAACAGUCAUCCAAUA